UGGUCAAAGUCUCAGGAGUACCAGCAUUAGAGUGUGGUAGAACGUGAAAACCCCAUUAGAGCGGUUUUGGAGUGUCUCAGCAACACAUUUCUUUUCUAUGGCUGGGACACCGUGGCCGUCAUGGAAGUUCUUCGCAGUCAUUUUGCUUCUGGUGGGACUUCUAGAGGGAGAACCACAGGAUGCAGAGCAAGAGCAGCGGCAAAGCAAGAGCAGUGAUGGACAGCCUCGCAUGCUGUCAGAUGGUGGUCACCUCGUCUUCACGACUGGUGAGAAUAAAGAUAUCCGCUUCGAGCCCUCAGCAUCAGGCAAAGUUAAAGUGGGAAAUGAGGACCUCACACAACUCCUGGGUCAGGUUAUAACCAACAAAGAUGACAUUGACUACAUUAAGUCACAUGGAGGAGGCGUCCCCCCCGAUGUCACCAACAAGCUAAACCAGCUGGACACAAAGGUGUCAACGCUGGAGAGCAAAGUAUCUACGUUGGAAACGACAGUCCAGACUUUGUCUUGCAGCAGUAAUCCCUGUCACAACGGAGGAACAUGUCUCAACCUGCUGAACUCAUAUCACUGUGUGUGUCCCAGCGCCUGGACUGGGACGAACUGUGCAACAGACGUGAAUGAGUGUCAGGUCUUUUCAGGAUCAGUGCUGGGUUGUCAAAACGGAGCAACCUGUGUCAACACCCCCGGAUCUUUCUCCUGCACAUGUUCUCCUGAAUGGUCUGGGACUCUCUGCACAGUGCGUUACGAUGACUGCAGGAAUGCAGGACAGGACCUCUGUGUACACGGUUUAUGUAUUGAUGCAGAUCGGGUUACAGCUGGACAGCCAAAAUACAAGUGCAUUUGUGAGAGCGGCUGGGAGUCUCCGGCUGGGAACGCAGCGUGUGUUGCUGAUGUUAAUGAGUGUAACCUACAGAAGAAACCUUGUUCCACCAACCCCCCUGUUCCCUGCUACAACACCGAGGGUUCCUUCUACUGUGGAUCUUGUCCCGCAGGUUGGCAAGGCAAUGGCUACAGCUGUCAGGAUGUGGAUGAAUGUUUGACCAAUAAUGGUGGCUGCUCCACCACUCCAGUGGUGCAGUGUCUGAAUACCAUGGGUUCCUUCCACUGUGGAUCAUGUCCCCCAGGUUACGAGGGUGAUGGGAGAACAUGCACACAAACCAACAUCUGCGCUACCAACAACGGAGGCUGUUACCCAUUAGCUACUUGCUCGUCCAGGCCAGAAUCAAGUCUCCCCGUGUGCACCUGCCCAGAGGGCUACCAAGGCAAUGGUUAUGGACCAGCUGGUUGUACCCAAAUCAGCAACAUCUGUCAGACCAACAACCCCUGUGUCCAUGGACAGUGUGUGGGCACCACCUCAUCUCCUGGUUACAUCUGCAACUGUAACUCUGGCUGGGAAGGGGCCAACUGUGACCAGAAUAUCAACGAAUGCUCAAGCAACCCCUGUCAAAAUGGAGGAACCUGCACUGACAACGUCAAUGGAUUCACAUGUACUUGCACGGCCCAGUGGACCGGCAACGUCUGCCAGACCCCACAGCAAGAGUGUGGGGGGUAUCUGUCAGGCCCCGCCGGUUCCUUCAGUUAUCCCAACACCCCAGGUCACGAUGAAUACGAACACCAGGUCAGCUGUGCAUGGGUGAUUCGAGCGACCCCAAAUAAGAUCCUGCACAUCACCUUCCCUUUCUUUCAUCUGGAGGACAGCGCCAACUGCAACUUUGACUUCCUUCAGAUUCACGACGGCGACAGCGCCUCUUCUUACAUGAUCGGCAAAUACUGCGGCCAAAAUAACCCCGCGGAUCUCUACAGCACCCAUAAUUCACUUUAUUUCUGGUUUCGCUCUGACCAUUCUGUCAAUGGAAACGGUUUCACGGUUGUUUGGCAGUCUCAGGACCCGGUGUGUGGUGACGAACUAACUGCCCCCUAUGGCAGCAUUAACUCACCUGGUUACCCUGGAAACUACCCAUUAAACCGGGACUGCUACUGGACGGUCUCGGUGCCACCUGGCCUGCUCAUUACCUUUGCAUUUGGGACUCUCAGCUUGGAACAUCACAGUGACUGCAACUUUGACUACCUGGAGAUCCGGGAUGGACUGCUAGAUGAAGACCCGGUUCUGGGGAAAUACUGCAGUACUGCCUCACCACCACCCUUGCGGACCACCGGCCCAGCUGCGUGGAUCCACUUCCACUCAGACGCCACCGUUACUGACAGAGGCUUCCACAUUACCUACACAACAUCACCAAGCGACCCUGGUUGUGGUGGGACGUACACUGAGAGUGAGGGCGUCCUCAUUUCCCCCAACUGGCCCAACAGCUACGCCCACAACCGCCAGUGCAUCUAUUUGAUCAGGUUGCCAGAGGGUGAGAAAGUGUCCCUCAACUUCACUGACAUGAACCUGGAGAAUCACGGCAGCUGCAGUUUUGACUACGUGGAGGUUCGUGAUGGGAGAACAGAGACGGAUCCACUCAUAGGAAAGUACUGUGGGACCACCCUUCCAGCUCCUAUCCUCUCGUCCUCCAACCGUCUGUGGAUACGCUUCAAGUCUGACAACUCAGUGGCUCGAGGCGGUUUCAGGGCCGUCUACACUGUCGCUUGUGGAGGUAUUUUAUCUGGGACUGGACAGAUACGCUCUCCCUACCACCCCAACGCUUAUCCCCACAACAAAGUCUGUGAGUGGGUCAUCAACCAGCCAGAGGGAUUUGUGGUCACCCUCAACUUCCUGUCAUUUGACAUCGAAGGAGGCUCCUGUCGUUUCGACUUUGUUGAGGUCAGGGAUGGCUCCAUGUCUAGCUCUCCGUUGCUGGGGACGUUUUGUGGCACUGAGAUCCCCCCCAUGCUCCAGUCCAGUCAAAGAUCCAUGUACAUCAGAUUCAGGACGGACUCCUCUGUCAGCAAUCUUGGUUUUGAAGCAGCCUACGACUCUGCCUUAGAGGGCUGUGGUGACACCCUGACCAGCCCUUCAGGCACUAUUACCAGCCCUGGCCACCCCAACAACUACCCCCACGGAGCCAGUUGUACCUGGUACAUCAAUGUUCCCCCUGGCAACCUGAUCCGCCUGACGUUUGACUCAUUCAACCUGGAGUAUCACGUCAACUGUUACUUUGACUACCUGGAGGUCUACGACAACGGCACCGUGGAGACCGGAAACAAGAUCGGCAGGUACUGUGGGCGUUCGGUGCCUCCGUCAAUCACCAGCACUGACAACGUGCUGACCGUGUUGUUUGUGUCCGACACGAGUUCGUCCACGGAGGGUUUCUCUGCCAACUACAUCUCCUUCAAUGCCACCACAGACUGUGGUCAGACCUUCACCACUCCUACAGGGUCCCUCAGUUCACCCAACUACCCCGACAACUACCCCACCAGUAGAGACUGCAUCUUCAAGAUCAUCGUCCAGAUCAACAGGCAGAUUAUGCUGAACUUCACUGAUUUCGAGCUGGAGGGCUCCACUCCUUCUUGCUCAUUUGACUUUGUGGAGAUCCGGGACGGUGGAUAUGAGACAUCUCCCCUCAUUGGCAAGUUCUGCUCUGAUCAGAAACCUCCAGUCCUGGUGUCCCAUAGCAACCGCCUGUGGAUUCGAUUCCGCUCCGAUGCCACGAUCACGCGUCGUGGCUUCACCGCACACUGGGAUGGAACACAAACUGGUUGUGGUGGAACGUUGACAACAGCAUCAGGAGCAUUUUCCUCUCCUAACUACCCCCUGCCCUACCACCCUAACGCUGAGUGCUACUGGAACAUCAGGACCAGCCAGGGCAGCCAGCUCCUGCUCUCCUUCUCUGAGUUCCACCUGGAGUCCACCAGCACCAGAUGCUCAUAUGACUACCUGGCCGUGAACGAUGGUAACAGCAGCAGCGCUCCAGAACUGGCCAAACUGUGUGGCAAUGUGAUACCCAGACCCAUCAACUCUUCCAGCAAUGAGCUCUUUGUCAAACUCCGCACAGACAGCAGCGUCAACACUGGAGGCUUCCUGGCGUCCUACAUCACCAAAUGCGAAAACAUAUUAAUCUCAGGUCGACACGAUGGAGUGAUCGAGUCACUUAACUAUCCCCAAAACUACCCAGUCAGCUCCAUGUGCAGCUGGACCAUCCAGACCACCAAUGGAAACAGGAUCAACUACACGUUCACUGCCUUCAGUCUGGAAUUCAGCACCACCUGUAACUUUGACUAUGUUAAGCUCUAUAAUGGGCCAAACGUGAACUCUCCUCUGAUUGGGACAUUCUGUGGAAACACCCCCCCACCAGCCAACAGCACCACAAGCUCAGCCCUCACCAUGGUGUUCAGAGCAGACUCCACUCUGUCGAUGCCUGGCUUCCAGAUGAUGUGGUACCACAACGGUUGUGGUGGGGAUCUCUCUGGCCCCAGUGGCUCUGUCAGCAGCCCCGGCUACCCGAGCAGGUACCCAGACAACACAGAGUGUAUCUGGUACCUCACCACAGCAGCUGGCACCAGUAUUACACUCACUAUCCAUGAGUUUGACGUUGAGUACCACCAAGACUGCCGCUACGACGUCCUGGAAGUGCAUGGAGGCCCCGACCUCUCAGCCCCUCAGCUGGCCAAACUCUGCACCACAACAUCCAGCCCAAUGCAGGUCUCAAGCACGGGCAACCUACUCACAAUUCGCUUCGUAUCUGAUGCCUACGUCAGCGGCCGUGGAUUUAAUGCCAGUUGGGUUGAAGCCCAAGGAGGCUGUGGAGGCCCAGUCACGGCUCCAUCGGGGGAGAUCCAUUCUCCUUCGUAUCCCAGCAGCUACCCCAACAAUGUGGACUGUUCAUGGGUCAUCUCUGUGGAUCCCAGCCACCGUGUCCUCUUUAACUUCACGGACCUGGACAUUGAAUUUUCCAGCAGCUGCAUCUAUGACUAUGUGUCUAUUUACGAUGGACCAAGCUCGUCUGCCCCUCUGCUCGGCCACAUCUGUGGAACCACUAUUCCUCCGGCCAUCACCUCCACCCAGAACAUCAUCUACGUUCGCUUCCGUUCAGACUCCAGUCGGAAUCACCGCGGCUUCAGUGCUCGCUUCUCUGAAGCUUGCGGUGCAACCAUCACAACAGAUGACAUUGGUGGCGCUAUUGCAUCGCCGCGGUACCCAGCAGUGUACCCACACAAUCAGAACUGUAGCUGGAUUAUCAGAGCACAGGAACCAUUCAACCAUGUGACCUUGUCAUUCACUGACUUUGAGUUAGAGAGGCUCAACUCCAACUGCUCACACGAUGCCGUCCAGAUCCUUGAUGGCGACAACUACCAGGCGCCUUCUAUAGGGCGAUACUGUGGCUCUGAAAUACCUCACCCAGUGACAUCAUUCAGCAACUCUUUGGUAGUGAACUUCCUAUCUGACGCUUCCGUCUCCAAAAGAGGAUUCAGAGCUACGUACUCGGCGUCCACCUCCAGUUGCGGAGGACAAAUGGUGAUGGAGAAUGGUGCGUUCAACAGCCCCAACUUUCCAGAUGCUUAUCCGCCUAACGUCGAGUGUGUGUGGAUCAUCAGUAGCUCCCCGGGAAACCGCGUCCAGCUCUCGUUCAUCAUGUUUCACCUCCAAGGGGGCCCCGACUGUGUCAACGACUACCUGGAAAUCAGAGAAGGCAACUCCACCGGGCCUCUGGUCGGUCGCUUCUGUGGAGAGACACUUCCCUCCAACUACACCUCCUUGACCGCUCACAUCCUCUGGGUUAAAUUUAUCUCUGAUUCAACAACGAGCGGAGCAGGAUUCAGAGCUACUUUCUCACACCUGUACGGUGUCGACGUGACUGGGGAGUCUGGUCAGAUAGCUUCCCCACUUUAUCCCAGGCCGUAUCCCAACAACGCCAACUACCGCUGGACCAUAACAGUGGAUGGAGACAAGUUCAUCCAGAUACGCUUCUUGGUCAUUGACAUAGAGGACCUGUUGAACUGCUACUACGACCAUCUGAAAAUAUUCGAUGGCCCCACCGUUCAUCAUUACCCCAUGGGAACGUUCUGUGGUCUGAACCUGCCCGCCCCCAUAAGAAGUACAGGAAGCACCGUCACCCUGCAGUUCCAGUCAGAUUCAUCGACGACAGGACGAGGCUUCCUGGUGGAAUGGACGGCUUUACAGGACACUGGACCACCACCCACUAUAGCACCAGGUGCAUGUGGAGGACAGCUGAUGGCUCUGGAGAGUCCUGCAUUCUUCUUUUCUCCUGGCUGGCCUGAAAACUACCCUAAUAAUCAGGAGUGUACGUGGUUGAUUCGCUCUCCGGACUCAACUAUAGAACUGAACAUUUUGUCUCUUGACGUUGAGGGCUCUCCCCCCUGCUACUCUGACAGUAUUGUAAUCAGAGACGGUGAAAGCGGUCUUUCCCCCGAGUUGGCCAGUGUAUGUGGUCGCGAGCCGCCAGGUUCUCUCCACUCAACAGGAGACUCCAUGUUCAUCCACUUUUCCACAGACAGCCAGUUCAACGCCAAAGGCUUCAAUGUCUCCUACUCGAAAGGUUGUGGUGGCCUCCUACAUGUAGACAGAGGGACGGUGAGCAGUCCCCACUACCCCCAGAACUACCUGCCUGGUCUGAACUGUAGCUGGCAUGUAAUGGUGACACCAGGCUUUAGGGUUUCUGUCACCUUCCUGACCCCCUUCCAGAUUCAAGGCUAUGGCACUGGAUGCAGCUCAGGAGAUUACCUGGAGCUCAGGAACGGUCCUGACGCAUCGUCUCCUCUGCUGGGAGGACGUAUCUGUGGUUCAACUCCUCCGUCCCCACUCCAGACCACUGACAACCAUCUCUUCGUUAACUUUGUAUCUGAUGCCAGUAAUGAGGCCACUGGUUUUAAGAUGGUCUUUGAAGCCCACAGUCAGGCAUGUGGAGGCGUCAUUGAACUGAAUGAUGGCGAUCCUCCAGGGUACAUCACUUCACCUAAUUACCCUCAGAACUACCCCCAGAACAUUGACUGUAUAUGGGUGAUCACCGUGCCCAAUGGAGAGUCUGUCCAGCUCGACUUUGAAGAUGAAUUCUACAUCGAGCCCACGACCUCUUGUAGGUAUGACUACUUGGAGCUGCAUGAUGGCGCAUCGCUCAGCGCUGACAUAAUUUCCCGGCUCUGUGGAAACACCCGACCAUCCACCCAACAUUCGACAGGGUCCUCCAUGAUGCUGAGGUUUCGCACUGACACCAGCGUCACACACAAAGGAUUCAAGGCGAAGUACUCCAUUGCAAUAUGUGGCGGCACCUACAUUGGUCAGAACGGUAUGAUCCACAGCCCCGACUUCCCGGGAGCCAACUAUCCUGAUAACUCCAACUGUGAAUGGUACCUGGAAGGGCCUACAGGACACUACCUCACCCUCAGCUAUGUGAACUUCACCCUGCAGUCCUCUUCAGAUUGCUCCGCUGACUACGUGGAGGUCAGAGAGUAUAAUGCCUCAGGGCGCCUCCUGGGCCGACACUGCGGCAGUAACCUUCCAGCCUCGAUGGACACCUCUGACAGUUUUGCCUAUGUCAAGUUUGUCAGUGACACCAGUGGAAAUGCGCCGGGCUUCAGGCUGGCAUUUGAAGCCAGCGUCGAAGCAUGUGGAGGUGAGCUGAACGCUCCAUCAGGAACUAUCUCCAGCCCCAAUUACCCCAACUUAUACCCCCACAGUCGGGUGUGUCACUGGGAGCUGGUGGUGCCUCAGGGUCGUAAGGUUACUCUGACCAUCAACGACCUGCGACUGGAAGCUUCUGGUACCACCUGUCGGUUUGACUACGUCGACGUACUGAAUGGUGUGACAGCAGAUGCCCCUCGCCUGCAGCGAUUCUGUGGUACAGUACCAGCAGGCACUGAGGUGCGCUCAUCUGGCAACACCAUGACCGUCAUCUUCAGAACUGACGCUUCUGUGUCCAAUGGUGGCUUCACGGCUUCUUAUUCCUCCGAUGAGCCUGCAGAUUGUGGUGGAAUCCUGAGCGACCCCAUGGGUGGGAAUUUCACUUCCCCUGGCUACCUGGUCUCCAACUACAGCAGCAAUCUCAACUGUGAGUGGCUCAUCCAGAACCCGGAGCACGUCAACUCUUCUAUCGUGGUGCUGAUACAGGACUUGCACCUGGAGACCCACCAGACCUGCGAACGUGACUACCUCCAGUUCCGCUUAGGUGACUCAGAUGGGGAGCUGCUGGGCAGGUUUUGUGGGCAGACACCCCCCAGAAUUCCCAUUGUGGUGUUCACUCCAGAGCUUUAUGUCCAUUUGCGCACCGAUGCUUCCCAGGAAGACCUGGGCUUCAAGGCCAAAUAUAUGUUCUCUGAGUGUGGAGGCUGGCAGACUGGUGAAGAAGGUGUGAUAUCCAGCCCCAACUACCCAGAUGUUUAUCCCGGCCCUAGUCGCUGUGCUUGGCUGCUGGAGGCUCCUGAGGGCCACACUAUAACGUUGACCUUCACCUACUUCCAUCUGGAGGCCCACUCCACAUGUGGCUGGGACUCCGUCACCAUCUUCAAUGGAGGAUCUCCAGGUUCACCUGUGAUAGGCCAGUACUGUGGCACCGACUCCCCAGGAACCAUCCAGUCAGGCUCCAACAAACUUGCCGUAGUUUUCUUGGCUGACUUGAGCGUGUCCAAAGGAGGAUUUAUUGCCUCCUGGUCUGCUGAUUCUUCAGGUUGCGGAGGGAUCAUCCACUCUGAUGCAGGGACAAUCACGUCUCCAGACUACCCCCAGAACUUCCCGGCUAACGUGGAGUGUUCCUGGCAGGUCAUCGCCCACGAGGGGAAACAUCUGGAGCUGAUCUACGGCAGCGAUUUCCAGAUUCCAGACAGUUCAGGGACCUGUGAGAGCAGUUACGUCAAGGUGUGGUCCGGUGACAACCAAAAUGCUGAGAAUUUGCUGUCGACAGGCUGCGGCUCGGUGGCUCCUGGACCCUUCGUCGCUCCGUACAACAUCAUCACAACCCGAUUCCAGGCCACUGGAGACCGUGGCAAAGGCUUCUCACUCUCCUACAGUACCAGAUGUGGCUCAAACUUCACAGCGCCCACGGGUCGCGUGGUUUCUCCAGAUUAUCCGGCCGACUACCCGCACCGCUCUAACUGCAACUACACCAUAAACGCUGGAGAGCAGACUGUGGUCGUCCUCAUUUUUCGGGUCUUCCUACUCGAAGGACACUCCACCUGUCGCUACGAUGGUCUGCAGAUCUACGACCUGGAUAGAGGAGGCCCUGCCAUCGCCACUUUGUGCGGUACCAACAUCCCAGGGCCUUUCUCCACCUUUGGCCCCAUGUUACUCCACUUCUACUCUGACGCUCUAAUCGCUGACAGGGGCUUCAUGGCAGAAUACAGAACCAUACCGUGUGGUGGUUUCUUCAACAGUACUAUCGGCACAGUGAGCAGUCCGGCACUUUCCAUGGUCGACUACCAUCACAACAUCAACUGUACCUACCACAUCAGCGUCCGCCCCAACACAGUGGUGAAUCUCAGGUUUAACACCUUCCAUCUGGAGGCAUCUUCUUCCUGUCGCUACGAUUAUGUGGCAGUUUAUGACGGACAGGACACCUUAGCGCCGCUGCUCGGGAGGUUCUGCGGGACAGUGCUCCCACCCAAUCUACGCUCCUCCUCUAACCAGAUGUUCAUCGUCUUCAGGACAGACGCCUCAGUGAGUGGGGUUGGCUGGAGAGCUAUUUACCACGAAACACUUGGUCCGGAACAGGGAUGUGGUGGAUUCCUGUCCACGCCCAUGGGCAUGUUUGGUUCCCCGGAUCCAAACCUUGACGGCCGCUACGAGCCCAGGUUGGACUGUGUUUGGACCAUUGAGGCGCAGGUCAACCAGGCAAUAAAUCUGACCUUCACCUCGUUUGACCUGGAGAGCUCCUCCACCUGCCGCUACGACUAUGUGAAGGUGUAUGAUGGCGACAACAUGAACUUCCCGCUGGUUGGAACAUUUUGUGGAAACACCAUCCCUGCUUACUUUGUUUCGAGUGGAAACCUGCUGACCGUUCGUUUCUACACGGACAGCUCGGUGCAGAAACAAGGCUUCAACGCCACCUACGUGACAGUUCCAUUGGUCUGUGGUGGGACUCUGAACGCCACCUCCACCGCCACCACCCUGACCUCACCCUCCUUCCCCAACGCCUACCCUCCGUACACCAGCUGUCGCUGGAUUCUGGAUGCUCCGCCGCAGGAAACCAUCCGACUGUCGUUCCAGACCUUUGCCCUCCAACCCAGCCAAAGCUGCUCCACAAACUACCUGGAGAUGAAGGACUGGCCUUUGGGAGACCAUGGGCAGUCACAUAAGUUCUGUGCAUCAGAUGAACAUCCACCUGAAUUCUACAGCUACGGCAGAACGGUCCUCGUUCAUUUCAAAUCCGACGAGUUCCAAACAGGAAACGGGCUCAGUUUCACGUAUCAAAUCGCAAACUGUAGCCGAACCUAUGAACAGGAAUACGGCUACUUGAAGAGUCCAGGCUGGCCUGACAUCUAUCCCCACAACAUGGACUGCACCAUCAUCCUGAAAGCGCCGCAGAACAGCUACAUUUCCUUCUUCUUUAACAAUUUUGACGUGGAGGGCCAAACCAGCUGUCAGUAUGACUAUCUGGAGAUCCGUAAUGGCAGUACGGCCGACUCGCCGCUGAUCGGUCGGUUCUGCGGCAGCCUGCUACCCAUCCCCAUCUUCCCACAAUCCAACCUGCUCUACUUACGUUUCAAGAGUGACUUUUCCAACGCCCGGGACGGCUUCGAGGCCACGUGGACAUCCUCCCCUCAAGGUUGUGGUGGGACUUUGUAUGGAGACCACGGAUCAUUCACAAGUCCCAACUACCCGGGAACCUAUGCCAAUAACACUCACUGUGAAUGGGCCAUCAAGGCCCCCAGAGGCCGCGUAGUGACCGUCACCUUUGCCCAGAUUAGUAUCGAUGAUCCAGGUGACUGUGUGGACAACUUCCUGAAACUGUAUGAUGGACCAAACAAUUCAACGCAGCCUGUUGGACCUUACUGCGGAGCGGAAACCAACAUUGCUCCGUUCACGGCCUCCUCCCACCAAGUCUAUGUCGUUUUCCAAGCCCGGUACUCCACCCUGCCGUCUGGCUUCAGACUCACCUGGAGCAGCUGAAUGGGGAAAGAAAUUAAAUAAAAUCCUCCUCCUUAAGAUAUUUUUCUAAUCACAUUUUAAUGGUGUAGCAUUGCUUUAUUUUUUAUGUAAACCUGUGUGACUGAUAAAUCUAAAAUCUAAUUGUAAUAAAUAGAUGAUUUAGGAAGUAAUUUCUGUCAUUUCAGAGCGCUGACUGUAGAUAAAUACCACACUUCCUCCAGUUUAAUUAAUACGACGCUCUGCUCUACCUCCACCAGUUACAAGGAAAUGUUGGAUUAUACACUGUACUUAUUAAAAGAAAAUGUUUGUACAACUUCUACAGCCCUGCGGGAAGCUUUAUGGAGCAGUUGGCAUGGAAACUGGUGGUCACUUUAAUGUCACAUCCUGUUUCUAUACAGUGAAAUACCUAAAAUAAAACUAAACUUGUACAAAACGUCGAUACUGAUACAUCCAUCAACAUUGCUCCCAGCCACCAGGGGGAGCUCUACCUACUUUGGUUUCACUGUUUUUAGGAGCAGUUCGUUAUUUAUAUACAGUCUUAUGUUUUAGAUGUAUAUGAUAUACCAAGUACAUGCACAAGCAUCUUAUUCUGUUCUGGUCAAAAUGAUCAAGAAUUGAGAUCAGGUGUGUCAAACUCAUCAGGUAGCACCUGCAACAUAAUAACUGACCAUUAAGCUAAUGCAUACGGUACAUAACUGUGUAAAACACUUGGGAGACAGACACACAAUACUGGAGACUAAUAAAAGCAGAUAUAUUUUGACAGUC